ACGCCGCCGCCGCCGUCCGUGGCUCCAGACAACACAGCUUCAACCCUGACGGCACCGGCAAUCGGCUCAUCUACCCAAAGUUGCUGGGGCUGCCUGCGUUGGGUCUGUCGCCGACGAGCCGCAGUCUCUCUGCCGUCGAGCCACUGACCUUCCUGCAGCUGUCUGUGCGGGAUCAGGCGGCUAUUUGCGCGAGCGUUGGAUACGCCCUCACUCCAGUCUGGGCGUGGCUAGUAGGUUCAAUGGACAGUCUGGAGUCACAGCUGCGCUUCAGAGCCCUCUGGAGUGCACCAAAGACCGCGACCGAGAAUCCGGCGACCGCAGAACCGGCUGAAGGCUCUUCUGGCCGUCGGCGCGAUCAGCAUGCUGACCGGGGCUCUACUUCCGCGGCGGUUGAUGGCUCUGACGCGGCUUCCCGCCAAACAAACAGCAGCCAUAUUGGUUGUAUCACCACGCCUACCUCGCAGUCUGGUCUGGCCACAGCUAACUGUGCGGUAUUCGAGUCAGGCGCUGGCGCCAACGAGCAUCACGACACUGCACCGAACAUCGACAUCACCAGUCACAAGCACACGGCCUACAUCGUAGACGCCUUCCUCUAUCUCUUCAAGGCUUUCGAAAUGGCCUGGCCUUCGGGUCUCUGUCACCAUCUCCGAGCCCUGCCUCUAGAGGAGGAUGUAAAUGUCGAUGAAAAGAAUUGGAGGGCUGACAAUACACAGACCGCAGACUUCCCAGGUCCAUUGGCCCAAAGGACCGAUGCCUUCUUCCGGCGUUCAGACAGCACCCUGUCCUUAGCUGGAGCUGGUCUUGAUCCGGUGCUAACACCCGUUUCGGAGGCGCUUCCCCUGGCUGUGUAUCCCCAACGUCUGCAGCCCAACUCCCGAAGAUCGGAACUCUUUGGAACUGCAGGACGCUCCUCAGAAAACAUCUUCAGUACUUCCACACCCGUCAACUUUGAUCCGGAACACAGUAACUGGUCGGAGAUGUUAAAGGUGUCGGAGAGUGAACGACCAAUUCUGAUGGGCGGUGAAUUUCUGGACCGCACAGCUCAUGCAGGAUCGGUUCUGUCUCGCUGGUGCGCCUCUCUUGAGGCCUUCAGUCGAAAGUUCUCAGAUGAUGUCGGCACCGAAAGUCGCAGUUACAUGGUUGAGCUCGGGCGUUUCACUGAGAAGGAGGCUCGUUUUCGCAAGGAGAUGGAACGUUUGCGAAAUGCCACACGCCGCGACCUCACGCUAGUGGUUGACCGGGAACCUCAGGCCCUCCUCUUAGGCACUGUUCGCCAACUGAACGUGGAGUUCAGUAAGCGUGUCGUCCAGGGCCAGUUAUCGAACAGCCUGCUGCGAACCAGCUCCGAAUUUGAGCGGACGCCUCUGUCCUCCUCGUCCUCCUCUGGAGCA